UACUCGCAUCAUUAAUACCAAUGGAUGUGUCAAAAAUAUAUGAAUGUUGAUGAACACUUUUGUAAAUACACAAAAUUUAAAAUUUGAUAUGAAAUUUUAUAGAUCAUCCCAUGGAAAACUUUAUAAACCUUGCCCUCUUGGUAUUCUUCCACAUUCUGCCCUAUCUCUCUCUUUAUCUCCCAAAAUAGAGCUUGGAAAUGCUUAGAGUUGAUGCAAUGAUGCCUACUAAUGGUUUUUUCAUCUGGGUUCCUCUGUUUUUCCUCUGUUCUUCUCUAUUGCUUCUUAAAAUCAUAAGAAAACAGGCAAACCCCAACAACAAGCUUCUUCCUCCCACCCCUCCAAAGCUUCCUUUGUUGGGUCAUUUGCACCUCAUUGGCUCCCUCCCUCAUCGCUCUCUCUCUCAGCUUUCAAAAAAAUAUGGCCCCGUCAUGCUCCUCCAAUUGGGCUCUGUCCCAACCAUCGUAAUCUCCUCUGCCGCUGCUGCAAGAGAGUUGUUUAAAUUUCAUGACCUUGCUUCUUGCAGCCGCCCUCUCUUAACGGGCAAUAGAAGAUUUUCCUACAACUUCGUGGACCUAAAUCUUUCACCGUACGGUGAACGUUGGAGGGAACUUCGGAAGAUUUGUAUGCUUGAGCUCUUCAAUGCUAGGCGGGUACAAUCUUUUCAGGAAAUUAGAGAAGAGGAAGUGGGGCGCCUUCUAAACUCCAUCUCUCAAUCCUCUUCUUCUUCAGCUCCAAUUGAUCUGAGUGACAAAUCCUAUUCUCUCACUGCAAAUAUAACAUCAAGAGUUGCUUUUGGCAGCAUCUUCAGCGGGGGAAAAUUAGAUGAUGAACACUUUCAACAUCUUAUGCGGAGAGCAAUUGCAGCAACUGGAAACUUCUCGAUGACCGAUUUCAUUCCUACUUUUGGUUGGAUUAUUGAUCGGUUGAAUGGUGUUCAUGAGAGGCUGGAGAAGAGCUUUGCUGAAAUGGAUGCCUUUCUUCAACAUGUAGUCGACGAUCGUAUAAACUUCAAGGAGAGUUCUAAGAAGGAAGAAAACUUUGUUGAUGUUUUGUUGAGAAUGGAAAGGGAAAGCUCUGAAUCUGAUGCACUAAAAGUAACCCAAGAUUGCAUCAAAGCACUUAUCAUGGAUAUUUUUAUAGCCGGAGUAGAAACCGGGGCAGCUACAAUUGUUUGGGCCAUGACAGAGCUAGUUAGGAAUCCAAGAGUGAUGAAGAAGCUCGAACACGAGAUUAGAAGUUACGUAAAAGACGAUUCAGUGAAAGAGAUAGACUUGAAAAAUCUUGAGUAUCUAAAAAUGGUAGUGAAAGAGGUAUUGAGAUUGCAUCCACCAAUCCCACUUCUACUUCCAAGGGAAACCAUCUCCCCUUUUAAGCUCAACAGUUACAAUAUGGACCCCAAGGCUCAUCUUCACGUUAAUGUGUGGGCCAUUGGACGAGACCCACAAUCUUGGACUGACCCAGAAGAGUUCUUUCCCGAGAGAUUUAUAGGAAGCAAUAUCGAUUAUAAAGGACAGAACUUCGAAUUAAUACCGUUUGGAAGUGGGCGAAGAAUUUGUCCUGGGAUGAAUAUGGCAACCCUUGUGGUGGAGUUGGCCCUGGCUAACCUGUUGCUGUGUUUUGAUUGGAAACUUCCAGAUGGAAUGAAAGAAGAAGAUGUUGAUAUGGAAGAGGCUGUUGGUCUUGGGGCCGCUAAGAAAUCACCCCUUAUGCUUACUCCAGUCCCUUUAAGGUACCCAAAAUGGAGAUGACCAAACCUCAAAUGCCACACCAUCGACUUAUCCUCCAUAUCGACUUGUACACAUUUUUCCCGUCAUUUCAACUUGUUCUACUAAACACCCUCCAGUAUCUUUCAAUUGCAGCAAUCGAUUUUUCAUUGAUAUCGACUAUUUCUUCAUGAGUUGCCCCAAGCUUAAAAUGUUGCUCUUUAGACCAUGUACAUUAUUCACAUCCUUUAGUGAAGCAUUCGAACCACCUGCUUGUAAAUAAUAAAUCGUGCCUUAGCCUUUCACUUGGAUCUUCAA